AUGUCCAAUCAGACCAUCUUGAGGAUAUCUCGGGAGAUCGCCCAGAUCCAACAAGGUAGUGACCUGUCCAUUGCUGUCGCUUGCCAGGAGAAAGACGUGCGCCACGUCAAAGCCCUCAUCAUCGGUCCUCACGGUACUCCCUAUGCAUUCGGCUUCUUCGAGUUCGCCGUCACUUUCGGCUCAGAGUAUCCCAGUAAGCCACCCAAAGUCGAGGCCAAAACCACAAAUGCUGGUCGGACGAGGUUCAAUCCAAACAUCUACGCAAGUGGAAAGGUCUGCUUGUCGAUCUUGGGCACAUGGCAUGGAGAAAAGCCGGGUGAAGAGUGGUCUUCUGCACAAGGACUGGAAUCGGUGUUGUGGUCGAUCCAGAGCCUCAUGAGUAACAAUCCCUACGAGAAUGAACCUGGGUACGAGAACGCAAAAGGUACAGAGGACAGGAGGAUGAAUGACCUGUACUGUGCCAAGAUCCGUCACGAAACUCUCCGAAUUGCAGUCAUUCAGAGGCUCGAGGAGGCAUUGGGCAUCCAACCAGAUGGCUCACUGGCCGCACCCUCGCCUCAUUCUGCGCAAUGGAGCUCUGAAGACGACGAGGAGGAUGAGCUCAAAGAGGAUCCCCUUGAGAAUCAAAUCAAGCUCAAGUUCUUACCAUUCCGAGAUCUGUUCAAGCGAAGGUUUCUGUGGUACUUUGAACAUUACAUGUGCACCAUUGAAGAAUACGCUCCCAAACACAAAGAUGGCGUCGACUUUGUCAAGAUGCCUUUUGAAGGUGGAGGGAACAACAUGGAGGGCAAGUUCCGGUACAGUGAGUUGGGAAGAAGACUGCUGCGCAUCAAGGAGGUGCUUCGAAUCGAAACCGACAACUGGGCGAUUGAAGGACUGGAAUUGAGGGAUCGAGAGGCGACCAAGGCGGCCGCAGUCCAACGACAAUUCGUACAGCUGUCAGACUACCUGAAACGCAAGAAGCUGCACAACGUGGAUGUGGAGCUGGAGAAUGACAAUCCCUUCAUCUGGAUCAUGACCUAUUUCGGCAGGCCCAGCACGCAUUUGGAUGGCGGCGUCUUCAAAGUCCGAAUUGCAGUGAGUCCUCGCUUUCCGGCCGAACUGCCUCGAGCGAAAAUGGAAACACCCAUCUACCACCAUAGGGUCUCCAAGGACGGUGUGAUUUGCUACUUUCCCAAGGAGGUAGAUCAACUGAGGAAUCACGUUGAGAGCAUCGUCGAGGCGUUGGAAGAGGAAAGCCCACCCUAUGACCCGAGGACAAUUGUGCAUCCAGAGGCAACCAAGCUGCUUUGGGGCAGCGAGAGUGAUAAAAAGAAGUACUUCCGGCAGCUCCGACGGUCGGCGCAGAGGACAACUGAGGAGGGUAUAGAGUGA